GAAAGUUCCAGGGCCAAAACCAUGACUGAGCCCCUCUCCACACACCCCUUCCCACAAAACACAAGACCCUGUCUCAGGCUUCUAAAAGUGACAGGAGUUCAGUCCUCCAAGGAUUUUGUCAAAGAUUACUGAGAGCUGAUAAUCAACAAAGCUGAAUAAUAAAGACAGAUGGCAGCAGCUGUUGGACUUUUGCUGAUGUUACUGGGAGUUUCUCAAGGUUUGUCAGCUCACUGCGAUGCCAGAAAAGAUGGCGCUCAAUGCAGUGCGACUUUGGGAGAAACUGUGUUUGUACGGCUGAUUGACGACGCUUCAGGAAUUAGAUUUGAGUUGAGAAAGGAACAUGUAACAUUACUAAGAUGGAGGAUAAACGAAACAGCUACAAAUGAAAUAAAAGACAGAUCUGAUUUCAUACCCAUUAAUGGAACAUUCAGGAUUAGUGACCUGCAACACAGUGACAGUGGUGAUUAUAACCUUACAGUCUUUAGUUCAGAUGGGAAGCGGGCAGAAAAUCGGACUCUUCAUUUGUCUGUUCAAGGCAGUUCUUCAUUGAGCAUUGGACUUAUCACUUCAAGUAUUUUCGGCAUUUUUCUUCUUUUCAUCAGUUUAAUUGUCGUCUAUGCACGGAGGAAAAAACAAAAACGCAGAGAAACGGAAGAUCCCAGCGAUUUAACCUACGCUGUUGUUACAACAGUGCAGAAGCCAUCGAGGAGCUCAAUUAAGCAAAAAGUGGAAGAGGAAGUGGAAUAUGGCCAGAUCAAGUCUGCAGGCUGAUUUCAGCUCUUUAAAACAGACAUCCUGAACUGAAUAUCAGUUCAAAUAAUGUACAAUGUUCUGAGGACAGACAGAUGAAAAAGCUGGAAUCCCCUUUUAUUGCGAUUUUACAUUAGAAAACUUUACAACCCAUUAAAGCUCAUAAUGCAGGAUGUCUGAUGUUGCCACAAAUGUUUUGAUCACUGUGAAGUUUAAUUUGUUGAUGCUCUGCAUUGAUAUUCCCUAAAAUACUAGGAAGUAGUUUUGCUAAUUGGGAAAAUUGUGCAUGUUUAGUUUUAGUUAUUUUGCACAAAAUGAUCAAAAACUAUUUUUAGACAGUCAAGAUGAGGACACCAUAGAGUAUACAUUGUAAACCAUUUUAUACUGUGUUACUGAGAUAUGUAUUGUAAACUGUUGUCUUUUAUUGUUCAAUAUGCAUUCACUUUUUGAACUUUUUAAAGAGGAAAGUUCCUACUCAGUUGCACAUUCCUUGGAUCAUAAGUUCAACAUGUUUCUAUUUCCAAUAACUUCACAGUUUUUUUUUUAUUAUUAUUAUUUUAAAAUCUUGAACAGCGUGAU